AUGCAAAAUGAGAUUAAUGUCCUCGAAUCUAAUCAAACCUGGACCAUCACCCCCUUACCUAUAGGAGCUAAGCCUAUAGGUUGUAGAUGGGUAUACAAAGUCAAAUUUGAUGCAGAUGGUUCUAUUGAAAGGUAUAAGGAAAGAUUGGUGGCUAAAGGAUACACUCAAAGGGCUGAAUUUGAUUUUCAAGAAAUAUUUAGUCCAGUGGCUAAACAUACAACUAUAAGAACCUUGUUAGCUCUUGCAGCUACUCAUGGAUGGACCUUAGCUCAAUUAGAUAUUAAUAAUGCACUUCUGAAUGGUGAACUACAUGAAGAUGUCUACAUGGAUAUACCUUUGGACUAUUAG